ACUACAUGUGCGCGACGCCGGGAACAAUGAGAACGGACCCGUGCCAUUAUUAAAUUAAAAAGUAGUCUUCGAAUUAGCACAGCCAAGUCGAUGAGACAGCGCGCGAAAUUUUUGAAACGAACGCGCGCAUCGCUCCAUUUCGGCGGGAUUCAGAAGCCGAAGAUGUGACCGCUCAAUUUUCGAACGCUAUUUUUAGGAAUGUGAUUUAAAUUCAAAAACACUAAAAUGACAGAUUAAAAAAUCCGUAAGCCAUAAAAUAAAAGUGGAAAAAUAAACUAUUAAUAUCCACGGUCAUCGUUGCGUGAAAUUGAAAAAAUGAAAUAAAAUAUGAUACGGACGAAAGUAAAAAGUGCGUUAUUUAAGCGAUAAAGGAUUUGGCGCGCAAAACUUGGAACUUGGACAUAGUUUGUGGCCAGUAUUAGGUAUAAGAUAAACUUUUUAUUGAUAGAAAAUGUGAUGAAUAGAAACUGCCUGGAAAGUUUGGAUCAAAAAAGAUCCGCGGUACCGUCGAAGACAUCGGAACUAAGAAAACAAAGUGCAAUAAAAUAAAAAUAUAAAACAAAACCGCGAGUAAUCGCAUGACUUCGUUGUGACGAUACGCUUGAAGCUGGAAUUAAUGUUGAAAUACUUCAAUGAGAAUAUAUCCCUAGCGCUGCAGGAGAGGUACAGAGACCUCCAUGAGUACCGGAAGACGGAGGUAGAGGAGGGGUCACCGAGGGAGGCGAAAGUACCGAAAAUAGCUGAGGAAGGUGAGCCGGUCGGCGGCGAGGGCGCGUUCGAGCCGAGCGCCGCGCCGCCGUUCCCGCGGCUGCUGGACCCGCCGAAGGAGGAAGACAACUUUGUCUCCACCUGGCUCCACAACUCCUUCAAGAUGACUGCAGCGGAGGGUAACACUGAAGCCUCGCCGGGGGGCAGCGCGCUGGACCUACGCGCGGCGCCGCUGUCUCUGCACAUUCCGGCUCUCCAACAAGCGGCUGAGGCCCAAAGACAGUUUAAGAUGGAAGACUUCUGGAACCGCACCAGGCCAGGGACUCCGAGUCAGGAGCAGCUCCCUGAUGGCCAUAACCAGCCGGGGCCCGCGCCGCCGACCCCGCAGCCGCCUGCCACUCCUGACCACAACAAGAUUAUGACGGAAAAGCUGGUCAACGAAAUCCAGCAACAGCAGCAAUCACCCUCGGCCGACUCCACGAUGAGCGAGAGAUCUCUCGUACCAUAUGCGCUGGUAAAUUUACUGUCUUCACUCAAUAACAUCGAUCCACAACAGCAGUCACCGACCGGCGACGGGCCGCUACCGGAUCGCAACGCAAUGUUGCCCUUCGCUUUGGUAAAUUUCCUGAAUAGCCUGAAUAUCGAUCAACAGGCGCGGUCCGGGCAGAGCAUCAGCGAGAGAACGCUCGAGGAAUGCUGGUCGACACUGCAGCGAAUCUUCAUGCACAAGAACGCAAUGCAGAUGCACGCUCGCGAGCUCCAGCGAGGUUUGGGGGGAGAAGUGAAGCCUCACCAGUGCCAGCAAUGCCUGAAGUCCUUCAGCUCGAACCACCAGCUUGUUCAACACAUCAGGGUCCAUACGGGGGAGAAGCCUUACAAGUGCUCCUACUGUGACAGACGGUUUAAGCAGCUGAGCCAUGUUCAACAGCACACGAGGUUACAUACAGGUGAACGACCUUACAAAUGUCACCUCCCAGAUUGUGGGCGAGCAUUCAUCCAGCUAUCCAACCUGCAACAACAUCUGAGGAACCAUGAUGCUCAAGUGGAAAGAGCCAAAAACCGACCCUUCCACUGUAAUAUUUGUGGCAAGGGAUUCGCAACUGAAAGUAGCUUGAGAACGCAUACUGCAAAGGAGCUUCAGCUGCACCUUGGUGUUUUGCAGCAACAUGCGGCCCUCAUGAUCGGUGGGGCAACCGCCACCCCAUGCCCCCUUUGUGGCAAAGUCGUAUUCGGUGGCGAAGCACUCGUUGAACAUAUGAAGAACACGCAUAAGGACCCAAAUGCGUCCGGCGUUGCCAGUCCCCCUGCUACGUCACCAUACCCGGCGCAAGCUAAACCAACUGAUCCUUAUAUAGCCAAGCGGAGGACGGCCAACCACCCCUGUCCUGUUUGCGGAAAGCACUACGUCAAUGAAGGUUCACUGAGAAAGCAUCUGGCGUGUCACCCUGAGACUCAAUUGACGAGCAGCCUGAGAAUGUGGCCGUGUUCUGUAUGCCAAGCGGUCUUCACCCAUGAAAGUGGCCUACUAUCUCACAUGGAGCAUAUGAGAAUGGAACCGAAACAUCAGUUCGCUGCCCAAUAUGUUCUAUCCCGAGCCGCGGCUGAACGAAGAGAACGAGACAUCCUCGCCGCAGUGUCGGCUACCGCUGGAGGCUCUGGUCUUCUCAACCUGGCCCCGCCUUCCCCAGCGCACUCGGACUCUUCCUCCAAUGGUCGUCUGUCUUCAUCCGCUGGUUCCGAAGCAGGAGCGGCGGUCAACAAACUCACGGAUCUCCUCAGGUCAGCUAACAAUGGACACCAAGCGUACCCUGACGAACGAGUAGCUGCCAUUGCUGCUGCCGCUGCCAAUAUGAUGGCGCAGCCUGGUGAAGGCGCUAACCCAGUUCAAGUUGCCGCGGCGAACCUCGUGUCUGCCAUGCGACAGCAACUAGCUAGAGAGCCACCACCAGCUCAACCACCUGCAGAAGCGCCCCCGGCGCCCAACGAAGCCGCGUUACGUAUCCAACAAGCUGAAGCUCUCCUCCGAAGUCAAGCUGAAGCGCUUCGGUUAGCUGUUUCUCAAGCGGCAGCAGCGCAUGGUAACGAGGCAGCCAGUCCUUUAAGACAUAACGGUGGGUUCCCUCCGCAACCACCGAACGAUGCCAGUGGACAGUUAUCUCCUGAACUGGUUGAGGCGUUCAGAAUUGCUCAAGAGCAGCGAUUGGAGCAGGCUUUGAGAUUACAUGACCCUAGAAUGCUUGGUUUUAAUUUGCCAUCGCCAGCACAAGCUGCUCAACAAGCGGCGCAACAGGCCGUCGCUGCACAGCAAGCUGCGGCCGCUCAACAGGCCGCCCAGCAGGUAGCUCAACAAGCAGCUCAAGCCGCGCAAGCCGCAGCUGCACAGCAAGCCGCUCAACAGGCGGCCCAACAGCAACAUAUGCAGCAACAAGCUGCGCAGGCAGCUCAAGCCGCCCAAGCAGCUCAGGCCGCGCAACAAGCCGCCCAACAAGCGGCCCAGCAAGCUGUCCACCUCCAACAGAACCCUCAGCCAUGAAAAUUUAGCUAUUACUAAUCCGACGCGAUUUCUGCUCGAAACUUAGUAUAAGGAAACUGUUAAAUUUAAAGAAGUAUGGUUUUAUCGUCAAACUAAAUUCAUUUUGUGGAACGCGAAAUCGCCUCCGAUUAGUAAUUGCGUUAAAGUAAAUUGUUUUCGUACGUUCGGAACGUUGUUUUAAUGAAAAAUCGAAUUUCUUUCAUUUCUAGCUGAAACUAUACGAUGGUAAAGUAAAGUAACCCUACAUUAGAUAGAUAACUGUUGUACAUACCUAGGAAACGUUAGAGAAUCGAUUCAUGUACAUAAUAUACGAGAAAAAUGUACCUAAAAAUAGAUGAAUGAUGAACAAAAUGGAACAAAAACUCGCCGAACCAGUAAUUAGAUGUAGAACGACAGAUGAUAACUCAGUGCAAUGUUCAGUUAUUUGUUUGGUUAUCGGGUGUGUUAUUACGAAAUAUAUUUAUUUUUUAUUAGCUUUACCACAGAGCAGUGUAUUUCUUAGCUUAGUACAAACUUUUGGAUGUGCCAAACUGUUGAAGCACGUUUUAUCGCAUUUAGCGCGACUUGCAAUACGUAGUUGCAUAUUAAGUUUCCAUAGGUUACUUUAUUAUUAUUAUUAUAGGAAAUAAUUUAAUAUUUUGUUUAUCUUUGUCUUUCACGCAAUAACACGUCUUAUGCUAGUCACGUUUUCGAACGCACAAAUAUUCUAUUUAAAUAAAUCAAUUUGGUUAUAUUUUAUUUUAUUAUUUUUCAUUUAAAAAACUAAAAUAACUGUAAACUCUCUUGGCGUAGAUUUUAAUUUUUAUUAUAAAUGCCAUAUUAGAUAAUAAAUCUGUAAAUACCGUAGACAUGUUAUGUAAUGUUGAAGCUUUUGUUCAUAUAACGUAAAAUAACAAUUUAUUUUUAUUAUACGAUUAUUAUUAUUUUAACAAAAAAUAUAUAAUUAUUUACACAUCAUUUGUAUAGUUGUAUAUAUAAAAAUUAUUGAUUAUUUUUCACAAGACUGCCGUUACUUAUCUUUUUUUGUGUAAAUAAAUUAAUUGAGUUUUUAAUUAUAAAAGUGUAUAUUGAAUAAUGAAAAUAGCGAUUUUUCACUGAACAUAGAUAAACAAUAAACAGGACACCAACCAAAAUAAAUUGGACUUAGAGUCGAAUACAGUACAUCUUAAUAUCGACUAAUAAAUACAACCUUGUAUGGACACUAACACGAGACAUUCUUACCAACCUGAAUGUUGACAAUUGAGAUACAGCCCAAAUAUUUCCAUUAUUUUUAUUUCAUGUAAUUCAAUUUUUAAAUGAAACCACAAUAGCCCAGUAAAUAAUUUCAUAUAAAUGGUUACACUGAAGUCUUUACACUUUAGUAAACCAUUAAUAGCAUUUCAUAUGCUCACAGUUGCCAUUACAAUAGUUUUAUAGUUGACCGGUUGUGGGAUAGCCCGACUACGAUUAUAUCCCGCUUGGAGUAUAUGUCGAGCGGGAUAUAUUCGCAUUCAAUACCGUCUGACUAUUCCACAACCGCACUGCGUAAGGGAUGUCGAGUGUUGCCGAAUAUUAAUUCUUUUAAUAUUAUCAUCAUGUAUUAUAAUAAGUCUCGAUUGGUAUGCACAAAUUAGAUUUUCAAUCGAAUUUGUUCAUACGAGUCCAGUAUACGUGUAAUCGUAACAUAGGUAAGGUAUCGUAAGCUGAUUUUAAUGUACGUAAUUGUUUCAGUCUUGAAUUAAUAUUGGUAUUGCCACCGUGGUCGUCACGUUUCAUGUAAUAGGUGAGACCACAGCCUGGUGUUCCAAUGUAAAUAGACAAAAAUCUCACAAUGCAAUAGCCCAAAAGAUCGUUAUAAUUUCAGUCGUGACUUUCGGUUCGAAGACAAUUUUAUUGACUCCUUAGUUCUGUGUGUACUUUACUUUUGAAAUACAAAACUUUUCGGCGUAUUAUCUUUAUGUUUUGGAGUGAAAUGGCCAGUUACAUCGAGACGCGAAUGGUUACCCGAUAAAGAUUAAGUUUUUCUGGGAAACGUGAAUUAAAAAUAUAUACAAUUUGACUGAAAACAAAACCAGAAUAUUUGGAUACUCAAAAUCAAUGUGAAUGGAUCGCUAUUUAUGUAAAAAUGUCCUCAUAAAUUUAAUAUAUAAAUAAAUUAAAUAUAACAACAAAGAAGUUCCUAUGAAUAUUGUAUAAAUGGUAUUGUUUUAAAUUUAGGUCUUAGUAGAAGGAAAAAUUUAUGGACGUUUGGUAUUUUUAAAGUUAUAAUAAAAAUCAUCGUAUUAAGGAACUGCGCUCGCGGCUUACGAGUUGUACAAAACUAAAAAGCACGGAUCAUGAAUCCUACAUUAGAUUUUUAGAUCAAAAGUUACGUUUCCAAGAAAGUGUUCAUGUUCAACCCUGACAUUUUUGCUUGGCAUUACAUGUACAUAUAUAUUUGUAAUAACUGAUGUAUUUUCGAUGUAAAAAUGAUAUAUGUUACAGUUUUUUGACUAUAACAAAAAGCAAUCAAAGUAGGCUAUGAUAUACAAAUUUUUAAAUGCCCAACAAAAAUGUCUGUGGUUUAUUCUGUGAUCAUCGAAAGGAAUAGAUAUAAAGCAGGUCGUGUCUACGAGUUGUCAGAGGUUAUUUUUACGUUUUUGAUGAUGAAAAAGCAAGUUUUUUCUACAUUUAUUUUACGAUGGAAAAUUCUGUAGUUAAGCUGUGUACAUUUAAUACUAAUGAUAAAGCCUAAUUAACAGUAAAAAGUGGGCGUGAACCCUCUCACAGCCGAUUCUAAGAGGUUGCAUAAUGUGCAAGUUUCCUUAGAAUUGGUUGCUUAGUUACAAUAGUAUUGGAUUCUGUUGAUGUCAUUCAAUGUGGUACUAGCUAAUCCACAUUCUAAAUGUGCUGUCAGUUGGAUUUUUUGUUAGAAAUGGAUACGACCAAUACAAGUUAUCAUUUGAUUCGCUAACGAUUAAAGUUAUUGUUUUACUCGUUUUGUUGACUAGGGAAAUUCGUUGAGAAAGAAAAUCAAUUUUGUAAAUUAAACUUUCACUGUUCAAAUUCAACAUUAAUUGUUUCGAACAGUGAAAAAUUCCAUUCGAUAACAAUUAUUAAUGAAAAAACAUAUCGCGUUUUACAACUUGCGAUUACAUUACAUUUUUUAUUUCAAUCGUUAAUGAAAUAUUACCAACUGUUCAUUUUUGAAAGUCUAUAAACAUUUUAUAUACUAACGUCCCAUAACUGAGCUAGGCUUCAGCAUAUCGAUCGUUGAAAUUUUUCAAGCAAAGGAUUUAUACCACUUUGCUCCAUUAUGCCAGUAGAUUUUAGUGUGCUCUAGUGUCUUCAACACCAGGAAAUGAACUUGGGAUCGUCUAGUUUGACAAUCGACACGCCACAACCUCCGCACUACAGAGAUUGUCAAUUAGAGAGUAUUUAAUAAGACGUAUUAUUCAAUAAUUGAACAGUUUGUAGUAUUAUUGUUAAGUUUUUAUCAAUAAAUUGCUGUUGAUUUGGAAUUAAGCAUCCUUAUUGAAUGUUAAUGUUUAUUUUUGUCGCUUCAUGGUUUCUGUUGAUUGUAUUUUCAGCUUGUUUUGAUACAUAUUUAGCCAAAUAUACACAUUUAUUCGUAACUUUAAGGUAGACAGGAUAGCCAGGUUUUCAAUUUAUAACUCACAGUAGUCUUUACAUAUUCUUAAGAUAAGCUAGUAUAAUUAAUGUAAUGUAAUUCACAAAGGCUCAUUUAUAAAAUAACCAACAAUACUUUUGGUUAUCUGCUCAAAUAUUUUAUAAAUGGGUCAAGUAAGUAACAUAAAUUAAGCCCAAACGGAAAUUGAAGCGCUUAAUCUGUGUUGCAGGAAGUAGACACAACGAAAUAAAAAAAAAACACAUAAAUACAAAAAAAAUCCGUGUACUUAAACGUACUUAAUGUCAUAGUUAAUGGAAUUAUCGGUGUUUAA